UGGGUGUAGAAGAGCGUCGAGUAUCACCUUGAUGAGGAGAGGCCACAAAGGAUGAGUGAUAAUGGCUUUAAUGACUUUACAUGAAGAUAUUUUCACUAAAUAAUAAUUUCAUUUUACGAAUAAUUUUUUAUGUGUGUAAACACAAAGUGCACAUUCUAUUUUAUAGGAUUCCAUUUAACGGCGGAUUUUUCGAAUGGACGUUAUUUUUUAUAAAAAUGAGUCUGAAUAUCGUUAAGUUCUUCUCUAAAAAGAAACAUCAAAAUUCACAAGUUAUUGAUACGGUGGGGGAAAUAGGAUUACCCACGAAUGUUUCGCAUCAGUUUCAUGUUAUAAAGAAUGCUCAGACCGGUCAGUUAGAAGGUUUGCCGGACUCGUGGAUACGUUUGCUUAAUACGCAGAUAACAAAGUCAGAACAGAAUGAGCAUCCAGCGGCGGCGCUUCAGGCCAUAAAAUUUUAUAAUUAUUCUAUAAAGAAGAAGCCGACGCCUCAGGAGGAGGUGUUCAAACCCUUUGUUACCGAAGACGUCAUAGAAGAAGAGUCCAUAGAGAUAGAUAAAAUUUUAGCCAAGAAAUGCAAUGCCCAUCGAGAUUCGGAUGGCUCAACGUCGGCUAGCUCUACGGAGAGUCAGCUUCAAAGCUUACCGCCGGACCUUCCUCCAAAAAUUAAGAAGCCACCGAAGCCAGCGCCCAGAAAAUUUGUGGAGCGUAAAGAAAAGACCCUGACGGAAAUCCUCGAAGAUCUCAAUAAUUAUCAAUUAGAGGAUGAUUAUAAUCAAUUGCCGGAGGACAGUAAUGGCAAUACGCAGAGCGCGGAAAAUAACGUUGAGCAGCAAGGGGAGAGUCCAGUCUUGCGAAGGAAAACUAACAGCUCGCUACCGACUCUAAGCGACGAAGAGGUUUACGAAGAACUUAAAAAUAUUUGUCAAAGCGACGAUCCACAAUUGAGAUUCGAAAGGAGUAAAGAGGUUGGCGCUGGCUCUUCCGGCACGGUGUUCAUAGCGACUGAUUUAUCAAAUAAUCAGAGAGUAGCUAUUAAGGAUAUCGAUUUGUCUAAGCAACCGAAGAAGGAACUAAUGCUUACGGAGAUUAAAGUCUUGAAGGAAUUCCGUCAUCCAAAUUUAGUGAAUUUUUUAAACUCUUAUCUAGUCGACGAUCAUCUUUGGGUGAUUAUGGAAUUAUUAGAAGGCGGACCUUUAACCGACGUUGUGACUGAAACUGUGAUGAAAGAGGCCCAAAUAGCCGCCGUUUGUCGAGAGGUUCUAAAAGCAGUGAGCUUCCUACAUACUAGGGGCAUUAUUCAUAGAGACAUUAAGUCGGACAAUGUUCUUCUAGGAAUGAAUGGAGCGGUUAAAGUGACAGACUUUGGUUUUUGUGCAAAUAUUGUGGGUGACGAGAAGCGACAGACUAUGGUAGGAACCCCUUAUUGGAUGGCACCCGAAGUGGUUACAAGAAAACAAUAUGGUAAAAAAGUUGAUAUUUGGUCAUUAGGUAUUAUGGCGAUUGAAAUGAUCGAGGGUGAACCUCCGUACAUGAAAGAGACACCAUUGAGGGCUUUAUAUUUGAUAGCAGCUAUCGGUAAACCACAAAUACCUAGUUGGGAUACUCUCAGUGCACAAUUUCAAAACUUCUUAGAAAGAUGCUUGGCCGUUGAAGUUGACGAAAGAGCAUCAGCCGAAGAAUUGUUAGUCCAUCCCUUUCUUGAUAAUUGUGCGGAACUCACUACCUUGAGCCCAUUGAUUCGCGCUGCACAGAAAAUUCUUCAUAAAGUUUUUUGA